AUGCUGGACAAGGUGGCGAAUUUCACAGAAUUAUUCUUUUUAUUGAUAGCAGUAUAUGUAUUUCAUAAAACACAGGCAGGCUUUAAUGACACAGUUCGUUUGUUCAACAACAUUCUCAAGUCAUACGACAGUAACAUUAGACCAGCUGUUAACACUUCCAAACCAAUUACAGUCAGUGUGAGCUUUAAUGUACGUAAGUUACUUACCUUUGUUGAAACAGAUCAAAAAUUUGAUCUCAAUGCCUGGCUGAACUUUACAUGGGUAGAUGAAAUUCGAACUUGGAAUCCGAAAGAUUAUGGUGGAAUACGAUUGAUUCACCCGACACCUAAAGAUGUUUGGAGACCUGGUAUACUAAUAUCUAACUCGUUUUUAUAUAAAGAUAUAUUUGAUCGACAAAAUACUCCAACUUCUUUACAUUCAAAUGGUCUUGUUCGAUGGUAUCCCGGUGAUGUGUUCUCCGCUUAUUGUACAUUCAACAUGACAUACUUUCCAUUCGAUGAGCAGACAUGUUUUAUCAGGAUUCAGGCGACAGAAUUUAUUCAAGAAAUACAUUUCGUUCCAUCUUUCUCAAGCAUUAUAAAUGACACUUACAUCUCAAAUGGAGAAUGGAGUUUAAUAUCGUCUAGUGUGAUUGCUGACGAACAAACAUACAAUGACGAAUUUUUCAGUCGUGUGACGUUUUAUAUGAAUUUUAAAAGAAAGCCCGAGUUUUUCAUUUACAACGUUCUCAUUCCUGUUAUCUUGGUGUCGUUUCUGUCUCCUUUAUCGUUUGUUUUGCCUGAAGGAAGCGUAGACCGUGCUUCUUUUUCAAUUACCGUCCUUCUCUCACUGUCUCUGUUUAUGGGAAUGGUGUCACAACAACUUCCUAAAAACUCUGACACAUUUCCCAUCAUGAUAACGUACUUGUUUGUGUUGCUUCUUCACAGUGGCGCUUGUGUGUUUGCCACCGUUCUACACCUGAGAUGGAACGACUUCAAUAUCAGUAAAAUGAUCAAAAGACACCUAGACAAGAAAGAUGUGCCACUAAAUAAAACUUGUCAGCUGGAAGCAAAUGGUUCUCCAGAUUUUAAAUGUGAAACAAAUUGUCCCUAUGAAACCAGAUCUCAGUCUACGAGUUUAUCAGGCCAGAGUAGUGUUGAAAUAUACGCUGGUGACAUCAGCACAGGCAACAAAGCAGUCCAAAAUACUGACAAUGGAUGUGACAAAUUUAAUGACAUAUGGAAUAGCUGGACAGGUAGUCCAAAUGGAAUAGUGGAGUCAAGAUAUGCCAGCAAUUUAUUCAAAGCCAAAACUUGUCCAAAAAAUGUCACUAGGGUCUGUACGCGUGUAAUCGAGAAAAUACAAGAAAAAUGUUCGAGGAAACUCUACUCGACUUUGAAACAUCAUUUAGCGGAUUUGAACGUGCAGCUGUUUAUUUUAUUUAACAUGUCGUGGGUCGUCAUUUCGGCUUUCUUUCUCAACAAGCUGUCAAGUCAUAAUUAA